UCCUUCCCUUGCUCCACCGGAUUUUCUAAUCAGUUCUUUUAGAGUGGCGUUGCCUGUCCGUGCGGCGCGCUGUCUUCCCCCAUCCGGUUCGCUUCUUUUAAUCCUCUCUCCUUCGCUUUCGCUUUUCUUUGCGUUUGGCUGCUGGAUCAGUGGUGCGAGAGGCCUACGCCCGAGUAAAUGCUUGCUGGAGACGAUUUUUGUUAAUGCUUACUGUUUUCAUAACUGCGUUCUCCGUUUCUCCUUGGAUGGGUGGGCUGCAGCAUUAUUGCUUGAAGCGUUUUGCAAAAGCGAUUGCUGUAUUCCUUCGUCUCUGUCCAGCGCAGCGGGAUUUCUGCGAACUGACCGGAAGCGAAUCGCCUCCUUUCUUAAGUGCGGUUGUCAACCCGCGCCCCAUCUCCAAAAUGCAUUUGUCUGAACGGUGCUCUCUCCCUGCUCGUUAAGACGGCUGUGAUUUUGUUUAAUUGUUUCUUUGUCAUUAAACUAGUACUGCUCAGAUUUGGAAAGAUUGGAGGUUGAGUACUUAACAUAUUUUUUCCACCAUACCCUUUUGCUGUUGAUUGAUUGAUUGAUAGAUAAUGUUCCAUAACCUGGUUUUUCACUCAUAAAACACCAGUAUUUAAGAAAUGUAUUAUUUAAGAAAUGUCUUUACAGCCUAUUUUAAAGUUACUGGAUCACUGGAGUGUUCAUGUAUCAAAGUUGAUGGAGUCUGAAGUCUGGGUGACAGUGGAAGUGGAGUUCUCAAAACACAAUUGAUUUGGGGAAUUCCGUGUUCGGGAAAUUCUCCAGGAACAUUGAUGGUGGCUAAUAGCUUGGACUGCAUUCCAAACACACAGAGUGAAAUGGCAGUAUAUCUUUAAAUUUGAAUUCUCCCUGGGACAACUUUGAGCAGCUAGAGACAUGUCAUCACCACAAAUAACUCAAGGGACUCGCUUCUUUUUCCUGCUCAUGUCAGUUUCUUACAUCUCAGUGACAAGCAGUGUCAAAAAUGUGAUUCCAGAGUUAAGUCCCCAGGAAUAUUUUAGCAACUUGCAAGCAUCUAAAGCAUCUUUGGUUUAUUUUCAGAAGGAUGUUUUACCACAUAGUGAGGUGUUCUUGGAGCAGCUGGAGAACUCCAGAGAAGCUCUCCAAGAUUAUGGGAUUUCUAUUUUAAAGGUUAACUGCCAAAGAGGAGAAGCCUCCAGCUACUGCAGAGGAGAUAACUCCUUGGGAAAAGUAUACCUAUUCAGAGCCCAUGUGUUGGUUCAUGAACUUGCCAUAGAUGCCUUGUUCAGCUUGGAUGCCAUUGUGGCAAAUGUACUUUUUGCUCUCCUCUUCAAUGAAGUGAAAUAUAUUUCAACGCUGAUGGACCUUCAGCAUUUAGAAGACUCUCUGAAGGGUUGGUCUGAUCUUGCUUUCGCAUAUGUGCAAGCUAUUGGGACAGCAGAGCACCGAGUCUUCAUGGAGGCUGCAUUUGUUUAUGGCUCAGUUAAGUUUGCCUUAACUACUGAAGUGGCAGUUCUGAAGAGCAUUCGCAGUGAAGAGCCAGAGGUGCCGUCUUCGAAACUCUUCUUUUGCCACUGUAAGGUGGCCAUGGAUCCUAAACAGCCAUGCCACAGGACUCUGAUGGAACAGCCAUUGACUACGUUAAGCAUCCACAAGUUUCUGAAACUGAUGGGGGAGCCUCUGGUGGUGGAGGUUGCAGAAGAUCCUGAAAAGAUUUCAACUACUCAUCUCCAACUUGGUCUACCACUCAUUUUCAUUCUGAGCCAGGAAGAAACCUUGGAAGCAGACAAGAUGAUUGCCGAAUCUGUAGCCUGGCAGGUGCUGGGGAAAGCAGGAGUCCUCCUUUUGUCAAGGAAUUCUGUUGGUCUGGAUGUUUCUUCCCGAUACAAUGUGGCUAUCAAGACAAUUGAGGAGGAUAUGCCUGUUAAAUACCUCACUUUGAAAGAUGCAGAUGAAAUUGUAGCAUUGGUGAUAAAUGGUGAGCAGAGCAAACCUAGUCUGGAUAAUAAUGAAGAGGUUUAUGAAGAGGAGGAGGAGGAGGAGGAGGAGGAGGAGGAGGGAGUGAAGAAUGAGAACAAUGAACAAGAAAUUCAGGAUGAUGAGGUGGUGGAAUCUGUUGUCAGAGAUCGGAAGCAUGAACUCCCCCUGGAACUCAUCCAUACCCUGGCAGAAGAAUCCUUCCUCUCAUUUCUGGCAGAGACCAACCAUACAGCAGUGCUCUUCUAUGCCAGCUGGGAAGCUGUCUCUCUGGUGGUGAUGCAGUUUUUCCUUGAUGUUGCUGCUCAGUUGAAAGGGACUCCUGAGAUUUCACUUGCGAGGGUAAACUGCUGGGAUUGGCCACAACUUUGCUUGCAGGAAAAUGUCACCCAAUUUCCUGCCAUGAAGAUGUAUACAAGAGAGAGGGCAUGGCCGGCUUACUCUGGCAUGUGGGAGACCAAAGAGAUGAGAAAGUUCAUUGAACUAAGCAGAAAUUCUUGUCCAGUGAGAUUGAUGACGCCUGAAGAAAUAGAAGAAUAUUUAAGUCACAAAAAGUCAACACACCACACAGUUUCUGUUCUGGGAAUAUUUGACUCAAGCAUGAGUGAAGCAAGAGAGGCUUUUAUUGAAGCUGGAAGAAUCCUAAAUGGCUAUGUCACAACAGGGAUCUACUAUGAAGAGGAUGCUACAGUUCUCUCCCAUAAAUAUAAUGUACCUCUUCCAGCACUUCUGUUUGCUAAGCCUGCAACUCAGCAAAGGAAUGCCCUCCAGCUCUUGCAGUAUAACACACAAGACAUUGUUAAAGUAAUCCGUCAUGCAUUGUUGGAGACAUUUCCAGAAAUCACAGUGGAAAACCUGCCUGAUUACUUCCAGAUGAAGAAACCUUUGCUCAUUUUGUUCAGUGACGGGGUUCCUAGCGAAAGGGAAGAAGAACAAAUGAAGCAUGUGGCUAUUGGCAAGGACCACAAAACCUUUAUUGCUUGCUGGCUAAACCUUAAGAACACACCUGUAGGCAGAAGUAUUCUGAAAGCUUAUUUUGGAAACUCGGUUCCUCCUGUGCCUCUCCUCCUCUGGAUCAACCUUCAUUCUGGAGGCCAUGUCUUUGUUUUUCCAUCAGACCAGUCAAUUUCUGAAACAAAUAUCCUUGCUUGGAUUGAAAAACUAAACAUCAAACAAGAAGCUCCAAGGGCUACCUUGUCUGUGAAAGAGUGGAAGCCCCGUCUUCCUGCCUAUGACUUCCUGAGUAUGAUGGAACCCACACUGCCUGAAUUUACUAUUUAUACUCAAGAAAGUAUAAGUAUCCAUCAGGAGGAGAUCCUAGGAGAAAAGAAGGCAGAAGCAGCAAUGGACUCCACCAUGAAGCAAAAGAAGCCAACUGGAAGGGUCCUACAAAGGACAGCUCCACAUCUGGGAGCACAGGAGAAGCAGGCUAAGCACCAUUCAGAUUUAUAAAGCAACCUGGUAAUGUUGGAUCUCUGGAUAGUUUUGGAAGUAGAGGAUAGACAAUGCAGAGGUCUAGAGAAGGCAGUUAUAUUUCAUAAACAUUUAUUUAAAACUGUGUAGUUCUUAUGUACACAAAGUUGGUGACAUAGGUAUAAUGGGCCAAUUUUCAUACAGAAGGAGGCCUCCAAAAGCUUCUAUGAUUCUAAAACAUGCAUUUUUAGCAUUUUUCUGUCAUAUGCACUUGCUUUGGAAAGAAAAAUGAUUGAAAGUGUUGAAGAAAAGACAGAAGGGUAACAAAUGGAGAAAGAUAUCAUCUGGAUUACACUUAAUAAGGCAGGAUGGCUGCACAUGGGUGCCUAUGCUUACACAUCUGGAAGCAAUUAUUUUUUAAAUCUCAAGAGUUUAAGGCUAAUCUGGACAUGAAGAUGAGAAAUGUAUUAUCACAGAAUCUCUGGUGUUUAUUUUAAAAAGGUCAAUAGCAGUUUCCCCAGUGCUCUCUCUCUUGAAAAUAAGGCUACGUAAGUUCCAAAUCUACAGAAUUGUCUACUGGCCGUUAAGAAAUUGGGGGCAGUAAAGUAGAAUCUUCUGUGUUUUAGCUGUAGAAGAUUGGUAACCCAUCAGUACUGUAAGUGCUUGGACCUUACCAGUUUAAUACAAAGCUGUGAAAAAGUGGAAUGACGGAAUCAAACAAUAGAAGAAUCUUAGGUUAGGUUAUCAUUCUGGAGUUGAAGCCCACACCUUGGCAAGAUUAAGAGGUGUGGGCUUCAACUCCCAGAAUUCUCCAGCCAAUAAGAAGUCCACACAUCUUAAUAUAUCUUUGAAAAGCAACGUGGUGUCUGAGUUACAAUAACUCCAUUACAUACAAAUAUUAUUAAUACAAAUCUCCAACUAUUAAGCCAAUAUUCCCUCUCUUUUUUCCCUUAAUACAUACUGUCUCUUGUUUAAAUUAAUAUAUUUCUUAUUCUAUCCAUCAGCUACUUAAUAGCUUUCUUGCAUUUAUCAAUAAUUUUAUAUGUCUUAUUUAUUUUAACAUUCCAUCUUUUGGACCAUCAAUAACCUUAUGAAUUUUCCCAGCUUUAAUUUUGCAUUGAUAUUUAAAUUAAACAUUUAAUAUUUAUCAUUUCCAAAUUUUUAAAUGACCUGAUUCCCUUUGUCACAAUUCCCCCCAGCAUCUAGUGUUCCGGAUACAUAUCUUAUCUAUCUCACUUCUAUAUCAACAGAUUAGUAAUACAAUAUAAUAUUCUUAUUUUCAUUAUAAUUUCCAAAUAUUAUAGAUUCAAUAACCAAAAUUUCUCCCAUUCCAGCAUUCUUCCUUAUGUCCACUUUCUCAUACUUAAGCUUAUACUUUUUAUUCUUAUCACUACAUCAAAACAUGUUAGUGAUGUUACAUCACUCUUUUUUUUUAUUUAAAAAGUUUUAUUAAUAACAAAAUACACCCACUU